AUGUUCUUGCCAUGGACAAUCUUUGCAGUUAAUGCCACCUUGGCCCUAUUCCAGUUCCUGAUGAUUGGCACAGUAGGGUCUGUACUGUCUAUAUAUUCGAGACUGGGCGAUAAGUAUGCCAACAGCAUCCGAUGGACACGACAGGGAGGGUAUUUGGAAAUGAUCAAGUCACUAUACAACUCUCAUGGAGCGACCCCCAAUCGAGUCAAGGCGGUGAUGGUGGCGACACUCUUAAUAAGCUUAGCAGCCAGUUUGUUGGAUAAAGGUGUCGCACAUUUUAUCAAUCCAGCAGCGAGACCAGGCAAGACUAACACAACAAUGGUUGUCACCCGACAAGCCAUCAACCCAGGCCGAGUGUAUCACUUUGGUGGAUGGGCAGGUGUCGCCCGGAAUGACGAGAGCAUCGUAGAGAUUAUGGCGUCGAUGAUCAAUAGCACUCGAAAUAUUCCGAAUGCUGUUAGUGGACGGACCUACACGCCACGUUUGACGCCGUAUGAUUCCCUUUGCGAUUUCUUUGAUUUGACAGUAUUAGGACUACCGGGGACUUCUUGGGAACACCCGAAGCUUGCACUGAUGAGCGGCGGCUGCUCAGCUCUUCACAUUCACUUUUUUAAUUUCCCCUUGGACUUUGAAGUAGAAAAAGCAACAGUAACACAAUCGUCCGAAGACCAACAUCGGUGGACCAUUGUCUUCCCUGGGACAUGGAAUAUAGAAGAGUCACUUUUGGGAGCUAUGCAUAGCUUUCAAGGGCGUGAUUGUGAAGCUAGCGAAACCUAUGCCGGCCAAGAUUAUACAGACCAAGUGGACCAACUAGAUACCUCUCUGUUGACGGAAAUGACCAAAUGUAUACUAAGCACAGGGGACGUCAUUGUCUUGUCCAUCGGCACUGUUCGGUUUUCAGUAGCCGAGGCUGAAGAGUUUGAAACAACGACCGCCACAAUGUUCAGUGAUCGAAUGAGUAUUUUUCAAGAUAUGGCCACUGAUAUUCGCACGGCCAUCAAGAAGUACGGGUAUGAAGAAUACCCUUUACUCAUGGAGGUCCAGGCUUCUGGAACCAGUUUCGAUAUUCUCGCGUGUACAUUCUUUAUGCGUGCGAGCAGGCCACGCCCAAGUUGCAUUUUUGCCAAUAUCAAUUCACAGAUCAUAAGGCCACGGAAGAAUGACACUGAUAUCGCAACAGCACUAAAUGGUCGGCCAUUCGGGGGAUUCAAAAGAACUACAUUUUCUGAAAAAGCCACUAGUGCAAUCCGUAUCCAAAAGCUUCCUAUAGCUGACGAAAAUGGUUCAGUAGCACCAACUAAUAUUUCACAGAUACGCGUAGACACUGCAGCGGCAACUGGGUACAUGGCUUCACUUGGCCAGAAUUUCUAUGCAGAUUACAACCAGAGUCAACUCUAUGUUCUGUACGAUACAUUAGAUAUGGAACUAGGACUAGACAUCCCAUUAUGGCUUUUGAUCACAGUGGGGACUCUCAUGGGGCUAUGCAUGUGCGUGUGGGCCGCGACAGAAAUGUUGCUAGACGAGAAGUAUACAAGUUCCUUUUUCAAGAUUACUUCGAUGCAGCUGAAAUCCCAUACCAAUAUCAUAGCACCAGCACUGUUACCAUCUAAAAUGGAUCCAUUGGAAUUGGCAGGAGUCAGAGCUUUUCCGGAAUUAAGCGAGGAAGAGACAGAGGUCGGAAGUGACAAAGCUUUACUUCAAGACAUACAAAAAGUAGAUAGUAGUACUGAUUCUCAGUGA